AGGAGAGAGGGUGACGUCACGACCAGCGUCUCCGCCAUCUUCCUUGUGGGCGGGGAGGCGGCCGUCGAUGCUGCGGCCCGGCGGGCGCGGGCUCCUCCUGGGCCUGGCCGCCGCGGCGGCCGCGGCGGUGGCAGCGCGGCUGGCGGGCUGGUGGGGCCCCCGCGCUGGCUGUCGCCUCUUCACAGCCGGGGAGCUGGCCCGCCACCGCGGCGGCCCCGGGGAGCCAGGCCUCUACCUGGCGCUGCUCGGCCGAGUCUACGACGUGUCCUCCGGCCGCAGGCAUUACGAGCCUGGGGCUCCCUAUAGCGGCUUCGCAGGUACCAGCGCGGCGGCUCGUGCCCUCUCGUGCUCGGACGCAGGCCGAGACGCAUCCAGAGCGUUUGUGACUGGGGACUACUCUGAAGCAGGCCUUGUGGAUGAUGUAUCUGACUUGUCAUUUUCUGAGAUGCUGACACUUCAAAAUUGGCUAUCAUUCUAUGAGAAGAAUUACGAAUUUGUUGGAAGGGUGAUCGGAAGGUUCUAUGGAAAGGAUGGGCUCCCCACCUCGGCACUAACCCAGGUAGAAGCCAUGAUCACCAAAGGCUUGGAGGCAGACAAACAGGAACUGAAAGAGAAGAAGAAGUUUCCACCAUGCAACACGGAGUGGAGCUCAGCCAGGGGCAGCAGGUUCUGGUGUUCCCAAACGAGCACAAAUCAUUCCUGCCUUAUGGAGGGAUAAGGAGGUGGACAUAACCACUUGCGUUGAUGCCCUGAGGUGCCGUCUUAGGAACUGCAAAUUCUGAGGAAUUCCAGGAGGUACGAUAGAUGAGAAGUCCUUGCCUGUAAGAAUUGAAGUGAGCCAGAUUAGAAUAGAUGCCACAGGGGAUAUUCCAGGUUGGUUUGGGGAAACUAGAGAAAAAAAAUAUUGUUUUCCUGCUUUAAUGAUCAGGCCAGCCUGGAUUUAAAUACAGUUCAGGUCCCUCAAAUCUCCUUUAGCUCUGAUAAGGGGACAAGGAGACAGAACUAGACAAACGCCCAGCCUCGAGGGCCUCAAAGUAAGAGCCCAGGUCACUGAGGGUCAGGGAGACCUGCUGUGGCUUCUGCAAGAACGGCCACUCGCCUUGAGUGCUCCGUGUGUAGAUCCACUCUCUUCUAUGGGGAGAGGCACACCUCUUUGCUCUCCUUGAGGCUGAUUCCUUGUAUCAAAGCCAGCAGCUUUCUCCAGGCCCAGCCACCAUGUACAUCACGUUCCCUCCACUGUAAUUCAGAGCAGCAGGAAGAAAAGCCUCUUCUCUCCCAGCCACCAGUUUUGCAGAGGCGGCCCCUCCAGGGUUAUCAUGUCUCCAGAAAGGGGGGCCCUCGCUUGAGGGAGAAGGAACUGGGACAAAGGUGGGCCUUGCGGGAACACAAGCCUGGAUGCAGGUGGCUUCAGAGAGCACUGGUCCCGCAUGGGAGGCGCCCUGAGGCUUGAGUGCACUGAUGCUUGACUUUGCUCCCUUGGAGAACCUGCCUCCCUCUCCGUCCUCUCAGCCUUGUCUGUCUUUGUGUAACACCCUCUUGCUUCCCUGAGCUGCUUAGGCUCUGCCUGCCCCACAAAGCUCUUCCAGACCAACUCCAAGGAGCUCGGCCCCAUCCCUGAGCUCCAACCCAAUGCUUUGUUUUCCACGUGGGUAUACCUCCCUGGAGACCGGGAGUAGCGAGUCCUGAGGAGGGACUGGGUGCGGAGCACGGGUCACUGCGAUGGGGUGGAUGGUUAGAAGGAAGGAGGUGGUGUUUCAGUGCCCUUCCCUGACGGCCUUGCUCUUGGGUAAGUUAACUGGGCAGCAGUUUCUCUGACAGCAAGUGAUUCUGGUCCCAGGCACUUGAACCUACAUGGGCAUCAAUUCCAAAACUCUCAUUUUUCUCUGCAAGUCUUGUGAGUCCAUGGGAGGCUGUACUCAGGACCCUAAGAUGAGGUGCGUUCCCUCUUGCCCAGGACAGGAGGUUGCUCAGCUAUGUUGGACCAGGUGACAUCAAGGACUGCACCUGGGCAAGGGUCAGGAAAUGGCCUCUCAGAGAAGGCUGACCACCAGACCUUGUGUUGUUGCCUCAGUUGUCCACCCUACCCAAGUGCCCAAGACCCUAAGAUCAAGGCACUAGGAUGGAGUGGGAAGGGAAGAGAGAAUCGGAGCCAGAUACUGCUUUUGAGAAGCUCACAGGCCAGUGGGAGAAAGCCUUUCACUGGUGUUGCUGCCAAAGCAGGGAGUGCUGCCUCCCAGGAAGGCACAGGGUGGGGCAGGGCCAGGGAGCAGUGCCAGGAGGAUGCCCUGGGCAGGGGAAGCUGGCGAAAGUUAGGAGAGAGAACAAGGUUCAGGGGCUGAACACUGCAGACCUCCGCCUUGGGAAAACAUCAAGAUGGCUCACUGCUUCCUCCUCCCCGACCCCCAACCUCA